AUGUUAAAGGUUGUUCCUACGGAUUGCAGUGAAUGCCCCAUCUGCUUAGAAGAGUUCCGUGUUGGGAAUAAGGUUCAUGGCUUGCCUUGUGCACACAAUUUUCAUGUUGAAUGCAUUGACGAGUGGCUCAGGCUGAAUGUGAAAUGUCAUCGUUGCCGUUGCUCAGUGUUUCCAAAUCCUGAUCUUAGUGCCCCGUCCAAUCUCCGUCCAGAUUCUGAGCGAUCUUCUGCCAGUGUUGUGACAACAACUAGCUAUAAAAGAAAUGCUUAUCAUGAUUUGGCAAUGGCUAAGCUCAAAGAAGGGAAUGUUAAUGCUGCUUCAGAGCUAUUUCAGAGAGCAGUGCAUAUUACUCCUCUUAUGGCACAUAAGCUCAUUCAGACUUUGAAAUCAGAGAACAUUGAGUUUGUUGUAGCUCCACCAAUAUUCAGUCUACAAGGAAGCCUACCGAGAAUCCAAAAGCAGUUGCAAAAUUUGAGUGGCGAGCAAAAGUGA